AUGCUCGGUCUACACAAAGAGCCGACGACGUUUGGCCAUUUCUCUCCUGUCGAUGUGCACGUACGGCGACAGAUCUGGUGGUCUAUCGUAUCCAUUGAUGCACAAGUAGCAUUUGCCGCCGGUCUCCCACCCAUUCUGGACUGCAGGCUAUACAACGUCGAAAAUGUUAGCGAGCUCAGCGGUUCCCAAAUCCGCGAAGAUUUUGAAUCACACGGGAAUGCCAGCAAAUCGAUCCUUGGCAUCUUCAUUGGAGGUCGCUUUGCCUUUUACAAGAAAGGCAAUGAAAUUCUGCACCUGCUCCAUAGCAGCUUACUGUCAGAGAAAGACCUUGACCGGAUCUUGGAGAUUACCAGGGACAUCAAGCUGGACAUGGAUAGCAGAACCCAGCAAAUUUCUUCCAUCGAGCAGAUGCACUCGAGUCCCGAGUCCUGCGAUGGUAGUGACGUGGAUGCCAUUCGACAUACGGAAUCCAACGCUGCGCUAGCACAGUUUGCUAAGACUCUGUUCGCGCUUUGGGCGGCGAAACCAUACUCUGUCAUGUACGGUCCGAUGCGAAGGCACAAUCUUUUGCCAGCGCUCCGGAAGAAAGAGCCAAAUGUGAUCGUGUAUUGCAGGACGUAUGUGCACAAAUUUCUCGGGCUUGYAGAACGUCCUGACUUUCAGCCGUGGCAUUGGUGCUGGCCCGGUCAACAUCAGCCACUUCACAGCAUUAUGGCUUUGAUAUCUGAUCUGGAAGACCACCCCAAUGAUCCGGAGGCUACAGAGACCAGAAGACUGGUAGACCUCGCCAUCUAUAAGUGUAUUGGCUCCGACGACUGCGGUAUUGUCUCCCACGAAAAUGGCAACCCGGACCCAAGACCCUUGCACAGUAGCGGAACACAAGCCUGGCGAUUCCUUCGCCGAGCCCGAGACAGGGCUUGGGAAAUGGCAGGUCUUGACCCUUUAAUUCUGACUUGUCCGGAAUCUGUUCAUGAUAUUCACCUCAAGGGCGUUCCGCAUGACGACCGCCGGACGAAGGAUGAACAGGGCGAGUGGCAUGACUAUGCAUAUGGUCCGAUACCUCAGACUUAUGCUGAGUGGUCAUACUUGGGACAAGCGACCGAUCCCAAUUUCGGGUGUAUCAAUGACAUGGAGGCGCAGUUUGGUGGAGGUGUAGGCAAUAUGGUAUAA